AUGGACCCACUCGUUGCCUCUUUCGUGAACCGGUCUAGUUUGUUAUGGUUCGGUUUCUGUCCUCAGCCACCUCUUCCCCACUUGUAUAUAUUAAGCACAAUACUCUUCUUUCAUUCAUCAGUCAUCAUUUUCCUCAUUAUCAUCCACAAAGACACCCUAAUUGUUCUAACUCUCUCUCUCUCUGUCACAUUUCACUUCCCAAAGGAUCAAGAAAAAAUGAAGACGACCGGUUCGAACGUAGGAGGAACUAAGAGGAAGAUGUGGAGCCGAGGAGUGGGAGGAGUCAUUAGAGAGCAGAAGGCUAAACUUUACAUCAUAAGGAGGUGUGUUGUCAUGCUUCUUUGUUGGCAUGACUAACAAAUGAAGAAGCAAAAAAUCAAAUCAUUUUCAUCAUUACCAUCAUUAUCGGCUUAAGGAAGACUAACCCAAUAUUUAGCUCUUUGUUGUUGUUGCGGAUCUUGCUUAUAUAACCCUUGGGAAGAAGCUUAUAUGUAUUGGCUUUCUGUAGGAAGCUAUGCAUGUAUUUUUGUAGUUUUUUCAUCCCAAAGAAGGGUUUUUCAGAUGUAAAUUAGUAGCUAAUGUGUUGCUGUUUUCUUCUUCUCUCUGGUUGAUUAAGUUUAUUU